AUGGCAGAACCAACAAACAAAGAUAUCGAAAUGGCAGAUGAAGAGUUUGAUGAUGCUGAAGAAAACGUCGUCGAUGUGCCGAACUCCAUCAACGAAGCAUCAAGUGAUACCCAGGAGAAACAAUCCAAAGAAGAGAAAUCGAAGCAGAAGCAACAAUCAUUAUCUGCUGCUGCUGCUGCUACUGCUGCAGCAGCUUCAUCACUAAUCCCCGACUUGCCUGACCUUACACGUAAAGAUAAAACACUCAAAGAAGUCCUAGAUAUGAUGGACGAUGAGUUUGCGCCAAUCAUACCCGACGCGGUUACCGACUACUACUUGGCUAAAAAUGGAUUCGAAUCAUCCGAUGUGAAAAUAAAGAGACUCAUAGCAUUAGCUACUCAAAAGUUUAUCAGCGAUAUAGCUCAAGAUGCGUACGAAUAUAGCAGGAUUAGAAACGCUAGUGCAGUUUAUAACUCCUCCAAUCCACAAGUUAGAGCAAAACAAUUACUCCAGGUGCAACAGUAUGCUAAUCAGCAAACAUUAGCAGGUAAUGCUAAUGCUAAUGCGGAAAAUGGCGAACAGCAGGCAUCUCAACAAUCGCAUUCAACUGUUGGCAAUCAACAAGGAAAAGUCGUGUUGACUAUGGAAGAUCUUAGUAAUGCUCUAAGCGAGUAUGGAAUGAAUGCCUCCAGACCAGGAUUCUACAGGUAG